GUUUUACCAAGAAUGCAAUCCUUCGCUCCAUGGUCAUACUACCUGAAAGCCUCCUUCAUCAUGGGCGUUGCCUUGAGCCUUGAGUUCUAUAUGCAUUACACUAGCAACUAUCGUUGGUACAUCAGCGCUCUAUGUGGAUGGUUCUUUGCCCUAAUCGGUCUUAAUAUUCAGCACGAUGCCAACCAUGGCGCCCUCUCACGUCGCCCAUGGGUUAAUAGGUUUUGGGGUCUGUCCCAGAACUGGAUUGGGGGGUCAAGUAUCUCCUGGAUUCACCAACAUGUUGUCCAACAUCACAUCCAUACCAAUGAUAUCAAAUUGGAUCCAGACAUUGAUGGCCGAUUCGUUGUCCGCUUGAACCCGCGGAAACCUGUUCUGAAGUGGCACUUUUUGCAACACAUCUACUUCUUCUUCCUCAUUUUGGGCUUUGGAUUCUCCGUGAUCAUUAGUUCCUUCACUACGAUGCUGGAAGGUAUCAACUAUACCCCUGUGUCUAAGAUGCUGACUCUUCAACGUUACUUUGAGCUCGGUUGGUCGGUCUUGUUCUUCAUCCGAUGGGUGGUAGUCCCUCUGUACCAAGUCCCGAGCAUUUUCACUUUUCUUCAUUGUGCUCCAGUUCUUAUGGUGGCCGGUUGGUACCUCUCAUUCUUUUUCACACUGAGCCACAACUUUGAUGGUGUCACUCAAUUGGACAACACUGAACCGAGCAAAUCCUUGCUCUACAACCAAGUGAUUACUUCAUCCAAUGUGGCAGGAGAGUUUCUUUGCUUCUUGAAUGGAGGUCUGAACUACCAAAUUGAACAUCAUUUGUUUCCCCGGAUUCAUCAUGGACACUAUCCAAAGAUUGCACCCGUUGUUAAAGAGUUUUGCCAAGAGAAAGGCAUUCCCUAUCAACAUUUUCCUACAGUGACAUCAAAUGCAUGGGCAUGUGCCAAGCAUCUCUUCGAGAUGGGAUCCCAGGAAGUCCCGAAGUCAGCCAAACAUCUCGUCACAUCAUAAAAUGAUAAAAUUAGAGGUUUCAGAGAUUGAUUCGGAUUGUUUCAAAAGUUUGAUUUCAGUUCGUUGGAAUGAAAUUCUGCACAUGCCAAAUCUUUAGAAGCACAUCCCAAUCAAUGUUUGCUAUUGCGUGGGUAAAUUCUGAAAAAUCAAUAAAUAAGAAAGCAAUUGA